GAUCCAGUCUGGAUCAUACCUCAGUACCGGUUGGUUCACUCUGAUCCUGGCCAUGGACAUGUGUAAAGAGAUCCACAUCUACGGCAUGAUCAACGACACCUACUGCAAGUCAGAGGGGUACCGUAAGGUCCCCUACCACUACUACGAAGCCGGUAGUCGUGAUGAGUGCGCGGAGUAUCUCCUCCACGAGAGCGCUCCGUACGGCGGCCACCGUUUCAUCACAGAGAAGGCCGUCUUCGCCAAGUGGGCCAAAACACACUCCAUUAAGUUCUACAACCCGCCGUGGAAACUGUCGUGACCCGGAGGGAUCGCAGAUAGCCGGGAGGUCUGGAGGAGGGCCAUUAUUGAUGACAUCACACAGCCAUGUCCACCUCAUCAUCCAGGGACAGGGAGAAUGCAGGGCCACUACCGUUACACCAGAGCAGUGUCCCAAAUGACACCCUAUCCCCUAUAUAGUGCACUAUCGGGCCCUGGUCAAAAGUAGUGCACUAUAUAGGCACGUCUCCCUCCCCUGGCGUUGUCUAGGUGUAUAUGACACUGAAACGUACAGUUAGAAUGCACACAUCGUUCUGCAAAUCCCAGUCCGUCCAUUACCACUGAGCCUGUAGUCUGAGGGGUUGUAAUUCCCGUCCCACUGCUAGCCUGACUGUAGCACUGAGACCAGACACCCAUCCUGGGCUGAAACGUAGAUGGUAGAGGGUGGUCCCUCCAUGUCCCUCCAUGUCCUCACUGAGCCAUGAACCAUGAACCAAGGCCUUCUGUUCACUAAAACAAUCUGGCCACUGCAGGACAGGCUCAUCCAUCCAUCCCAUUAAAGAAACAACAUGAAGAAGAAACAAUUUCUCCACUCAUUGAAUGUCAGUUGUCAUCUUCUAGAACUCUGUUGCCAUCUUCUAGAACUCUGUUGUCAUCUUCUAGAGCUCUGUUGUCAUCUUCUAGAACUCUGUUGUCAUCUUCUAGAACUCUGUUGACCUCUUCUAGACCUCUUUUGUCAUCUUCUAGAACUCUGUUGACCUCUUCUAGAACUCUGUUGUCAUCUUCUAGAACUCUGUUGACCUCUUCUAGAACUCUGUUGUCAUCUUCUAGAACUCUGUUGUCAUCUUCUAGGACUCUGAUGUCAUCUUCUAGGACUCUGAUGUCAUCUUCUAGAACUCUGUUGACCUCUUCUAGAACUCUGUUGUCAUCUUCUAGAACUCCGAGCUGGAGAAAAUGUGAUGUCAUAAAGGAGCUCCAGAGCAGGGGUCUUUCUUGUUCUCCAAUCAUCUGCUGCUUUGAUGUUGUAAAGGUUGGUGAAUGACAAAGGAUGGAUAGCUCAACUCAGAUAUGGGAUAAGAAAAGAAUGAAACCAACAAAUAAACUGUUCUUCAUCUCUACAGUAGCUACACACAGGUUGUCUCCCAAAUGGCACCCUAUUCCCUACAUAGUGCACUACUUUGGACCAGGGCCCUAUAGGUAGUGCACUAUGUAGGGAAUAUAGUCCUUUAGAUGUGCCGAAGCCCUGUACAGUACAGUCUGUAUCUCACAAGUCUGAACUCUCCAAGAUGUUAUUCUAUGUCAGUCUGGGUGUUGAUAGAGGCCUGUUACCAAUCUCUGACCAGCUACACUACUUUAUUCUCCGCCGUCUGGCUGUACCCCCUGUCUGUCUGUCUGUCUGUCUGUCUGUCUGUCUGUCUGUCUGUCUGUCUGUCUGUCUGUCUGUCUGUCUGUCUGUCUGUCUGUCUGUCUGUCUGUCUGUCUGUCUGUCUGUCUGUCUGUCUGUCUGUCUGUCUGUCUGUCUGUCCACUUAGAAUUAUUGGCUACCAGGUGUGUCUCAAAUGGUGCCCUAUUCCCUAUAUAGAGCACUUCUUUAACUAGGGCCCAUAGAGCUGACCAUAGGGCACUUCUUUAACCAGGGCCCAUAGAGCUGACCAUAGAGCACUUCUUUAACCAGGGCCCAUAGAGCAGACCAUAGAGCACUUCUUUAACCAGGGCCCAUAGAACUGACCAUAGGGCUGACCAUAGGGCUGACCAUAGGGCACUUCUUUAACCAGGGCCCAUAGGGCUGACCAUAGGGCACUUCUUUAACCAGGGCCCAUAGGGCACUUCUUUAACUAGGGCCCAUAGGGCUGACCAUAGGGCUGACCAUAAGGCUGACCAUAGGGCUGACCAUAGGGCUGACCAUAGGGCUCUGGUCAAGAGUAAUGCACUGUAUAUAGAGAUUAGGGUGCUCUUUGGGACGCAGCCAAGAUGUGUUUAUCCAGUCCAUCGUCUGGUUUAGGAGACAAACAAACAGACUGGCAAUGUUCCAUUUUCUUUUCUACAUCAUUAACAAACUAGGUUGAAAUCCACGAGCAGAGCCGACGCCUCCUUGGAUGCUACCGUGGGGGGUCAAUACUAACUUCCUCCAAUGUUCAGGCUUAGGUGUGAGUCCCAUGUGGCUCCCUAUUCCCAAUGAAGUGCACUCCGUUUGCCCAGAUCCCCGUGGGGCAAUAGGGAGCCAUUUGGAACGCAGUGUUCUUCUCCCAUUGACAUCAAUAUGCAUCAAUGUGAAGACGUUGCUCGUUCGGUGUUGUUGUGAUGUUGAUGCUGUGAAAGGAUCUUAAUGCCAGACAAUGAGACGUUCCUGUGUCGGCAGGAUAAUAGUCACCGCAGCACUUCCUGCCUGUCAUUUAUUAUAGAGCACAGAGCGAUACAUGAGUCCUAAACGGCACCCUAUUCCCUAUAGUGUAUAGUGCACUACAUAGGGAUCAGGGUUCCAUUUGGUAUGAAAUUGUAGGUAGUUGUCACCCUCUGGUACCCUGUGAUGUGCCGUCGUUCGUUUGACAACGUGAGACAACAACCCAGCAACUGCAGGCAGAGCUAAAGCUACUGUGCAAUUUGAAAUGUUUUGUUUCUAAAAUACGGAUGAAGAGAGAUGAAGAUAUUUACUGUAUAUCUGUAUGUCUGUCUGUCUGUCUGUCUGUCUGUCCGUCCGUCCGUCCGUCCGUCCGUCCGUCCGUCCGUCCGUCCGUCCGUCCGUCCGUCCGUCCGUCCGUCCGUCCGUCAUUUUGUGCCUGCGAGUGAAUGUUAUGAUACAGUACAUUGUUGUACAUAGACUUCAGUGCUAUGCACUCUUAACUAUCUCACAUCGUCUCUAACGAACUAUCACAAAUCGUCUUUUCCCCCCUUAAAUUAAUCUGUUCCGUGUCUCUGUCCAUGUAGCCGAGACCAAUAUUUACCUGACCCUGUAGUCUAGUCCAUUUGUGAGUUCCAGUUAUAUAUACUUUCUCCAGAAGUGUGAAUCCAAGUGUAAAAGCAUUGGAUUGGUAGAGGCAUGGGCAAGAGGGAUUUUCCACCUGGUUUCCUACACAGAACCAGUCAUUUCCUUUCAAAUCAGUGAAGCCAAGUGAACAAGUGCACACUGGGAGACAGGAGAGGUAAUUGAGUUUGUUGAUAUGUCUGAUUUUGUCAGCUGCAUGUCUCUGUCUGUGUGAUCCCUGUAAUAUAUUGACGUCUCUACAGUAUACAGUAGCAUGCUUUUGUAUCCGUCUCAAUGUACAUAUUUACUAUAUCACGUCGGUGUUUUAUACUGUUCCAAUCAGCCUUUGAUUGUGUGAGAUGACAUCCUCGUUCUGACCCACUGCAGCAGACUGUUGACGUUACGUUUACAUUAGUUAGUCAUUUAGCAGACGGCUCUUAUCCAGAGUGACUUACAACUUUUAAGUAUCUCUCCUUUCUCACUUUAUCACGUAGCUGGUAACAAGACAAGUGAAUGGCACAGCAAGAGUCCAUUCGCUUUCAGAUUAAACUCAGAAACCAGACCAUCCACAGUCCACUAGUAGUCAGAAGUGUAGAGCUCUGUCAGUAACAUAAGAGGCCAGAUGAGAGAGGGAGAGAGAGGCUGUGGAUUUUAACACCCCUGUCCCAUUUUAGC